GGGGAUGCCUUGUGCGCGCUUAGAGCGCUCGCUUGCUUGCCUGGCGCCGCCGCCGCUCGCCCUCCCGCCUGCUCGCUCCCUUCCGCCGAUCUCGAAAACUUCCAGCGCACUCCGGGCAAAGGAGCAUGCACGGCGGGCGGAGGCGCAGCGCGAAAGCCCAGGCCCCUGGUCCCACGCCGGAUCUCCGCAGCUCUUUGCCAUGAAGCACUGGCUCCCGCACCUUCAGGAUCAGAGCGACUGGCGCAAAGCUAACUACAUGUAUAAAGUGUGGCAAGGAGCACUGGGAGACGGCUAAAACACAGUCAUGUCUUCGGUUUGGCGCACAAUUUCAGCUCUUCACGUGAACUACAAGAAACUGAUAUGCCUCUUGGUCAUUGCCGUAGGUGUAUGCCGCAGUGCCUCUGCAAUGUGUCCUGCCGCUUGCAUUUGUGCCAGCGACAUCGUGAGCUGCACCGGCAAGAACCUCUCGAGAGUGCCCGCAACGCUCUUCAAGCACACGAAAAGAUUGGAUCUCAGUCACAACCGAAUUGGGAUUUUGGAUCACGACUGGAUGCCAGUGUUGCUUGAUAAACUGGCCACCCUCAUCGUCAGCCACAACGGCAUCACGAGUAUCUCCGCAGGAAGCUUUUCGGCGACUCCAAAUAUCAAGUACCUUGACUUGUCGUCCAACAGCUUGAGGUCGCUUGGCAGUCCUGUCUUCCAGGAACUGAGAGUUCUGGAGAUUUUGUUGUUGUAUAACAAUCACAUUGCCCAUGUCGAUUCUGCUGCUUUUGGAGGGAUACACAAAUUGCAGAAGCUCUAUUUGAGUUACAAUUCUCUCUCCCAGUUCCCGAUUGACUUGUACAUUGGGAAACGUAAACUUUCCGAACUUGUGCUAUUAGACAUUUCUUACAACCAAAUCCAGUCGAUACCCAUUCACUACAUGAGCUUAGUACCGGCCAGACAUCUUAGUGGGAUCUAUCUUCAUGGGAACCCCUUUUACUGUGACUGCACACUUUACUCCAUGCUAAACUUCUGGUAUCUUAGACACUUCAGCUCGGUGGAGGAUUUCAAGGCUGAGUACACAUGUGUGUUGCGGUCAGGCUCCAAUAUGAAUAAACUGCCCUUAUUGCACGACAACUACUUGAAUUGCUCGGAAAGCACCAUCAAUGGCUCUUUCCACGCGUUUGGCUUUAUUCAGGAAGCUCAACUUGGGGAGAGGUUGAUCGUACCUUGCGACACUAAAAUCAGCGAUGCAGGCACCCACUUUGUUUGGAUCAGCCCAGACAAUCAGUUUUUGGAGCCCAGCAAAGAUAUUGAACACUUCAGAGUAUUUCUCAAUGGGAGUCUGGAAAUCGACGAGGUCCAGUAUGAGGAUGCUGGACUUUAUUCCUGCAUUGCAAUAAACAGGAAAAGACUGUUGAAUGAGACCAUCGAGGUGAGGAUCAAUGUGAGCAAUUUCACCGUGGACCGGUCUCACUCUCACGAAACCUUCAACACGGCUUUCACCACCCUCGCCGCUUGUGUAGCCAGCAUUAUCUUGGUCCUCCUUUACCUCUACCUGACGCCGUGCCCUUGUCGGUGCAGGUCCAAGAGAAGAAAAAGGCAGCCAAGCCAAAGUAACCCACAUGCCUCCAUAUUGACCUCGAAUCCUCCCCUGGACCUUCCAGCUGAUGAGAAAAAAGCCAGCAGCGGCAAGAGGGUGGUGUUCCUUGAGCCCGUCAAGGAGCCAAAGCCGGGACAGAAUGGGAAAGUAAGGAUGUUUCCUGGUGAGAACAUCAUUGCGGAAAGUAUCCUAAAAACUCCCCGAACGAAAUCGGAAUCCGAUUCCAUGAACUCGGUGUUUUCAGACACGCCUUUCAUGCCGUCCUCUUAGCUUCCUGCCUGCGUUCGCAUUGUAUGGCUAACUCUUUCAACAGCUAGCUGUCCUGCCUCUAGCCAAUCUUAAAAGAAUAGGGGAAACUCUUUCAAACCAAAAGAAAUGGUGAGGUCAUGGCAGAUGCCACUGCUGUUUCAAUUUCUGUGCUUAUAGGCAUGUGAGUGCCGUUCAAUGAGUGGCGUUUGUGUACCGCUCCCAUUCACUUCAGUGAAGCUUGUAUUGGAGAGCUUCCCAGCAGAUUAGAUCCUUGGCUGCGUACCUGUGUAGAAUUUGUGUAACUGUAAUUAUCAGGGAUCAGAACCACAAUCAAUAUGGCUCCUAGAGCUUAGAUUGAUAGGGAAAGAGAGAAAUAGCCAUUUACUAAACUUCUGGUUUCUGCCUUUAGGCACUGAGCACAUAACAGAAACAAAGGAAGUGAUACAACAGAAAUAUUUCAGAAUGGGCUUUUGUGUAAAUUAUGACCUGAGCUUUGUGAUUUUGGGGGGAGAGGAGCUGUCAUCUCCUUCUGAAUACUAGAGAUUCAAUAGCCAGUAACCGAAUGUAUGAUUAUGUGGUAUAAAUAAACUUUCACCAUAUGAAAACUUUGACAGAAAACACUUGUCCAAAGUUACGAUCUAUAAACCACUUGAGCCUUUAAUGCUUUUCUCUCAAAAGGGACAGCGCUUUGGUCCUAUUAAGAAAUUGGAGUCAGAGCGAUGUUCAACAAGUUUCCCCACCAGUGCACAAAAAUGGGAGAAGCUGCACCUUUGGAAUAUCUGGGUUCCUCACCAUUCUUAAAGAGACAGGAGCUAUGUUGCUUCUGGAAUGUGGCCACUUCAGCCUACCUACUUAUUCUGAAACUUGCAUAUGUGGUGUGUGGCUUGAGGACAGAAUAUCUUAAGAGAGGAAAGCAGAGGAUUCGUUUGGAAGUAAAGGAACCAGGGUUUGUGCAAUUAGAUGUUUUGUAUAUGAGCUACUGCACUUUGAACACUUUUGCUGACUUAAUGAGAGCCAUAAUGGAAACCACCAAUCCCAAAUUGAAUCCAGCAGGAGCAGCCAGGCCUUCUCAUUAUCAGCGAUGAAAUGGCUGGCAUGUCCGGACAUUGCCUUCUACAGCUGACGGGGGAACCUGGUUGCAUCCAAUUUCCCGGAUUGCAGCCUUACUUAGAAGAGUCGGAGUAAUUCGGCAGGUUUUUCAGAACAUAUUAAUGUACCAAUUUACAGGCAUAUAAAUGACAAUGUAUCAAUUUACAGGCAUAUAAAUGACAAUGUAAUGAAA